AUGGCUAAUCCAAGUUCAUCGUUGUUAGAUGAAGCUGUGCAGCAAAUAGCAGAACAACAACAUGCCCAAGCCUCUGAAAUAGAAAGCAACAAGGCUGUCCUUAUUAGGUUGCAGACUCAGCUUCAGGAUCUUGAGGCGCAAAUGAAACAUGUUAUGGCAAACAGAAAGGCAACAGAAAAGCAAAUGUAUCAUCAAGAUGAAGCCAUAAUAAGUACAAAAGAUCAUUGUGAAAAUCUGGCCGUUCAGAUCACAGCCUUGUAUGUUGAGAAUCUAAAGCUUGGAUUUGAUACAGAAGCACUCCAAGAAGAGUAUAAACUGAUGCUUCAACGAAACAGUGCCUACUAUGCAAAAAUGGCUGCUCAUAGAGACCAUUUUGUGGAGGCAGAAAACAAAUUGCCACUUAUGACUGAGCUCACUAAGAAAAGAGCUGCAGUCAAAGCAAUGAUUACAAACAAGGAGGAAUUAAUGUCUGUUCUUCAGAAUCCAGAAGUAAAUACUACUAACCAAUCUCAGGAUGAAAUCACAUAUUUGGAAGCUGAAAUUAAUGUGUUGAAAGAAGCUAUCAGUGGAAAGGAAAAUGCACUUAGAGAUGAAAGAAAUGUGCAUGCUAGGCUUCGAAAAGAAAUUCAGGUGCAGAAUAAAAGAUAUGAAGCUAUACUAAAGCGUUUGCAUUGUCAAGUGAACAAAUUUCAGUCCAGCAAAAGACAGCGGCACUGUAACCUUCAGCAAAUGGAAGAAAAAGUGGCAGAACUAAGGAAUCUCCUCGAAGUAUCUGAUUGA